UGGUAUCCGUGGGAUACUUAGCACUUCCUGGUAUCCGUGGGAUACCUAGGCUUUGUAAUAUGUUACAGAUACCUAGCACUCGUGGUAUCCGUGGGAUACCUAUGCUUCGUGAUUUUGCAACAUCUAGCACUCCUGGUAUCCCACGGAUAUUUAGCAGCCCGCCUGCGCCAAUGUCAAUGCCGAUGCCACUGCCACUGCCACUGUUCUAGCGGGCUGUUCACGCACAACGUCUGCACAGCUCUGCACAGCUCUGCACAGCGCACGUCUACGUCCAUGUUUGGUCCGAUGCUCGCUGCUUACAACUGCGUCAUGCCGCUACCCGCCUGCUGCCGCAUUCUCACCAUGCCAGCCAAAUAUCACGUCUCCGUGCUUUCCCUCCUGUCCCACUUCCACCAUCCCACCUGCAGACUGUGAUACCCUGCGCGACCAUGGCCGAGCUACAGAGAGUCGAGUCGAUGCAAUACCCCGCGGGGCACCUCGCCCAUCUCACCGACAACCAGCAGCGUCAGCUCGACGACUUCAAAAAAAUAUGCCAGGACGCGGGCUACUACCACCCUGGCCGCGGCAUGAUAGACGGCGGCCACGACGACGAGACGCUGCUGCGCUUCCUGCGUGCCCGCCGCUUCAUCCCCCAAGAAGCCUUCAAGCAGUUCAAAGAGACCGAGGACUGGCGCCGCGACCACAACAUACUGGAGUUGUACGGCGCCAUCGAAGCUGCCGAGUAUGAGCAGACACGGCGUCUGUAUCCCCAGUGGAUUGGUCGCCGCGACAAGCGUGGCAUCCCCGUCUAUCUCUUCGAAGUCGCCCCUCUGAACUCCAAGAACAUCUCCGCAUACGAAAAGGACCUCGCCAAGUCAAAAACCACAUCCCCCAAAGACUCGACCAAGAACCUCCGCCUCUUCGCCCUGUACGAGAGCUUGACACGGUUCAUCACCCCGCUAUGUUCCAUGGUCCCGCGCCACAACCCCGAGACACCCAUCUCGCAGAGCAACAACAUCGUCGACAUCAGUGGUGUUGGACUGAAGCAGUUUUGGAACCUCAAGGCGCACAUGCAGGACGCCUCGGUCCUCGCUACAGCACACUACCCGGAGACGCUGGACAGGAUAUUUAUUGUUGGCGCGCCAGGCUUCUUCCCUACGGUUUGGGGCUGGGUCAAGCGCUGGUUCGACCCCAUCACCGUCUCGAAGAUCUUCAUCCUCUCUCCGAAUAACGUGUAUGAGACCCUCUCUCAAUACAUGGACCACGAAAACAUCCCCACCAAAUACGGCGGUGGCCUCGACUUCAAGUGGACCCAGAUGCCCUCGCUGGAGCCCGAGAUCGAGGCGCAGAUCAAGUGGGAGAAUCCCAUCGUAGUCAAGGGCAGGAACACGAUCCCCAUCGGGCCAAUGAAGUGGGAGGCUGGCCGAAACGGCGAGAUGCAGGCGUGGGCUGUUGGAUGCGAGAACGGCAAACCAAGGCGAACGCUCGUCUUCACGAUACCCAAACCCGUGGGGUACCACCGCGAGGGUCCUCCCAUGGCCAACACGCCCGCCCACCAGAUCGGCGACCCAUUCACCAGCGUGGGCACAUACACACACCCGCAGAUCGACGACUCGGCAGCCGACCACGACACCCCCCCACUAGACAGUCCCCGCACCUCCGGCUCAUUCGCAACCACCACCACCCUCCCCAUCCGCUCAGGCACCUCCGACACCCGCUACGAACAGCAAGACUACACCCACGCCUCGGGCCAACUCGCAGACGGCACACCCCACGCCGCGACAAUCGACCAACACGGCGACAAAAUCAAGGUCAUGGAGCCUAAUACCAUCGGCCAGGCCCCGAAGGAAAUGCCCCUGCCCGAGCCCGAGCAGCCGCCUCAGCCGGGCUACGUCGACCAGGCGAAGCAGGCCGCGGCGCAGGCGCAGGCGGCUGUUACGUCGGCGGCGGGCGCUGUGUACGGCGCUGUCCUUGGUCCGGGUGAUAAGCAGGAGCAGCCUGUGGAGGCGCCGGCGCGCGCGAAGAGCCCUGAGGAGCAGCGGUUGGAUAGCCAGAUUGAUGCGGCGAGCGCGCAGGAUGUGGAGGCGUUUUUGAGGGCGCGGAAUGCGAGUGCGAGGUAGUGGUUGGUUUGGGUUGGUUUGGUGGGGGGGGCUGUAAUUCUAAAAGAUUGUCGUUGGGAAAUAUAUGUGUGUGACAUGCUCUCUCAUCUUACUCGAUACCAAUGUCAAUAUCAGUGAAUAAACUUGUUAUCAUGGUAGAUACCCUGUUUUUCUGAGUGUC